GUACUGACGGUUACUAUGGACACAAUUGUAAUGUCAGAUGUGGUAAUUGUCGAGAAGGAUUCUGUGACAAGAUAAACGGAAGAUGUUCAUCUGGUUGUAAACGGAAUUGGAAGGAACCUUUGUGUCAAGAAUGUGCUGAUGGUUACUAUGGCAAGAAUUGUACUAACCAAUGCGGGCAUUGUCUUAAUGGAUUCUGUGACAAGAUAAAUGGAAGUUGUUCAUCUGGUUGUAAAUUGAACUGGAAUGAACCUUUGUGUCAAGAAUGUAUUGACGGUAGCUAUGAUCAGAAUUGUACAAGCCAAUGCGGACAAUGUCUACAUGGAUUCUGUGACAAGAAAAAUGGCACCUGUCUUUCUGGAUGUAAACAAAAUUGGAAGGAACCUUUGUGUCAAGAAUGUGUUGACGGAAAUUAUGGCGAGAACUGCACGAGACAGUGUGGUAACUGUUUGGUAGGUGUUUGUGACAAAACAGAUGGAUCUUGCAUGAGUGGAUGUUCACCACACUGGCAAGAACCUUUGUGUCAAGAAUGUGUUGAUGGGUUUUAUGACAAGAAUUGCAGUAAACGAUGUGGACACUGUCUUGAAGGAGUUUGUGACAAGACUAAUGGUACUUGCAAGGGUGGAUGCUCAUCAAACUGGUUGGAACCUUUGUGUCAAGAGUGUAUUGACGGAUUUUAUGACCAGAAUUGUAGUACCACGUGUGGAAAUUGUCGUAGAGGUUUCUGUGACAAGAAAAAUGGAAGGUGUCUGAGUGGUUGCAUGACAAACUGGGAAGAGCCUUUCUGUAAAGCAUUAGCUGCAACACAAGAGGAGAAUAAAGACGUUGUCAUCAUUGGAGGAACGGUUCCAGCUGUCUUAAUUGCAGUGUUAGCUGGAGUUGUCCUGAUAAUAAUUUACAGACGGCUUAAAAACAAAGGUGGAAAAGAAGGUCUUGUGGAAAAGGAUAAACAUUUAGGUUUUAGUGGAAGAAUGGCAGAGGGUAGAAGUAACGGGAAAGACAACGAAACAGAGUUUUUUGAUGGAGUAGGAAAUCCUAGAACGGAUCAAACAGAUGAAAAUGGAUAUUACAAUACAGUCCAAUUUAUUACAAAUAUAAAUAUAGAAGAUCUAGGGAGCGUUAUUAACGAAAAGAACAGAGGAGAAAAUAGCCAAUUCCGUCAAGAAUACAAGAGACUUCCUCCUGCCAACCUAAGCGUUUGUCAAAGUGCAACAAAGACGGAAAACAAAGCGAAGAACCGGUUCAAAACAACAUUUCCAUAUGAGCAUUCCAGGAUCAUUCUCAAAGAGACGUGGACAGAUAAUGACAAUGAUUAUAUCAACGCUAACUUUAUAUCGGACUGCAAGGGAGAGAAUCGAUAUAUUGCAGCUCAGGGGCCUAGAGACAACACAUUAAGAGAUUUUUGGAGAAUGAUUUGGCAAGAAGAUAUCAAAGAUAUUGUUAUGUUGACAAACAUAGUCGAAAAUGGAAAGAACAAGUGCACACAAUACUGGCCAGAUAAGGGGAAAUCAAUGCAGAUUGGUCUCUGUAAUAUAUCUCUGCGGGAAGAAACAGUGUACGCCUUCCAUACAUUGCGAAAACUUUCGGUGGAAAGAAAAGAGCCCCCUAGCAAGAGAAUCAUCACACAGUUCCACUACACCGCCUGGCCAGACCAUGGUACACCACAGGAGGUAGAACUUGUCCAGUUCCAUAGAUUUGUAUCAAGGAGAAUACAUACGGAUGUUCCACUACUAGUGCAUUGCAGCGCCGGUGUCGGUCGUACGGGGACAUUUAUUGGACUUGAUUCUCUCCUGACUCAGGGAAGAGAAACUGGGCGGAUCAACGUUUUCGAGUUCGUCAAACAAAUGCGAGAGAGUAGAAUGACAAUGGUUCAAACGCCGGAGCAAUAUGUUUUCAUGCAUGAAGCACUAAACUGUGGAUUCCAGGGCGACUUCCUUUUUUCAAGAGAUGAAUUUUCAACAAAAUCGGAAGCAUUGCUGAAUGACAAGGCACCCUUAAAUCAAAGAGCACUUUACAAAGAAUUUAAGUUUUUGGAAACAUUGAAAUCCAACUUCAACUGUUUGGCGAACGAGGUCGCUACAAGUGUAGAAAACGCCAAUAAGAACUACAGUAAAGACAUACUACCUGUUUCAAAGUUCCGACCGUACCUUACCAUGUAUGUGAAAGGAAGGAAUGAUUAUAUCAAUGCAGUAAUGGUUGCAUCUUAUAAAAACCCAACCGGAUUAAUUAUAACCCAAAAACCUCUACCAGACACUGCGGUGGAUCUGUGGAGAUUGUGCUUUGAUCACGAAAUGGAUGCCUUAGUGGUCCUUAAUUCCACGAAUGAGGUAUAA